AUGGCCUCUCAGAAACAUACCUACCGCAUCGCGUCCAUUCCGGGCGACGGGAUAGGCAUUGAAGUCGUCGACGCCGCCAUCCAGGUGGUGGAAAAGCUCGCCAAGACCCUUGGAACGUUCGAUAUCGAUUUCACCCACAUUCCAUGGGGAACUGCAUACUACAAGGAACACGGCCGAUAUGUGUCCGAAGAUUGUUUAGACACGCUGCGCAAGUUCGACGCCGGGCUGUUUGGUGCCGUCGGUGCCCCAGAUGUUCCGGACCACAUCUCCCUUUGGGGUCUCUUACUAGCCCUUCGUGGGCCGCUGCAGCUAUAUGCUAAUGUCCGUCCCGUGCGCACAUUCCCGGGCACCAAAUGCCCUCUCAACACUGCGACAGAGGGCAUUGACUGGAUGCUUGUGCGCGAAAACUCCGAAGGAGAGUACUCCGGUCAGGGCGGACGCAGUCACGUCGGCCAACCGUGGGAAGCUGCGACGGAGGUGGCCAUGUUUACCCGUGUCGGAAUCGAGAGGAUUAUGCGCUUUGCCUUUGAAGUCGCGCAAUCCAGACCCCGCAAGCUACUGACCGUGGUUACGAAGAGUAACUCCAUGCGGAAUGGGAUGGUGCUCUGGGACCAGGUCGCGGCGGAAGUCGCUAAGGAUUUCCCCGACGUUACGUGGGACAAAAUGCUGGUGGAUGCAAUGACGGUCCGCAUGGUGGCGAAGCCCCAAUCGAUCGACACUAUCGUGGGAACGAAUCUGCACAUGGAUAUUCUGUCCGACUUGGCGGCGGCGUUGGCUGGAUCUAUCGGUGUGGCUCCUUCCAGCAACCUGGAUCCAACCCGCAAGAAUCCCUCUAUCUUUGAGCCAGUACACGGGAGUGCAUUCGAUAUCACUGGCAAGGGGGUGGCCAACCCCGUGGCUACUUUCUGGUCCGCUGCGGAGAUGCUGUCCUGGUUGGGUGAAAAGGAGGCGGCGAAGAAGCUCAUGGAUUGCGUGGAAAGGGUAUGCGCUGCUGGUAUCCUCACGCCGGAUCUCGGAGGCACGUCGAAUACACAAGGAGUGGUGGAUGCUCACCAUGUUUUGGCCAGAAUGGAGUCCACGGAUCUCACGUCUGGCCCGUCAGAAAUCGGUUCCUUGACGGCACAAUCCAACGAAGAGAGUCAAUUUGUUGGCAGUUCCAGCGGUGUUUACUUUAUUAAUACGGUCCGACAGGCUUUUUCAAGAAACUUGGAUACGUUAGAUGCAUCCUCCGGGCAAGAAUUCCCACUGCCAGAGGACACCCUCGUUGGCAUUGAUGGCUCGCACCAUGACAGGCGCUCUGCCCCAUCCUCCGUCAAAGCAUCCCCGAUGCCCGGGGGCGAACAACCUUUUUGUCAAUGGGAAUAUGACCCUGCAAUGGCGGCGAUACUGGGUCAAGCACCGCCGCUAGACACCGCAAGAGAACUCAUGAUGGUAUAUUUCAAAGUUUGGCACCCGUUGUUUCCCUUUCUGCAUGGACCAACCUUCCUGCAAGCAAUGGAACUGCUCUAUUCCGAUCAACGCAAAAGCCAUUCUAUUCCACCAUCGCCAGACCACCGAAAUACAUGCUGGACAGUGAUAUUCCAGUGCGUGUUCAAUUUAGCGAGCCAUUUGAGGCCUGACUUGCGUCUUCCGUCAGAGUCUCGAAUUGAAUCACCGAGCAAUAUGCAGUCAUUACUCAGUUCUCUGACUUUUAGAAAUGAUCUCUCGUCUCUGCAGGCACUGCUAGCAUCCCAACUAUAUUUGGUAACCAAAAUGUCACUUCGAAUGGCAUCAACAGUGGGCGGCUGUAUGCUACGAUCAAUGAUGCAUGCCGGUCUCCACCGCUGUCCAUUCCGAUACAGGGAACUUUCAUCGCAUGAUCGGCAGUUACGCAAGAGGAUAUUCUGGUGUGCGUACGCUAUAGACCGGUAUCUAAGCCAGGCUCUUGGUCUUCCUCUUGGCAUACAAGAUUCCGAUAUCGACGUCUGCGCCCCAGGGGCCGACGAAAUCCAUGUCCCCGGAUCACAUAGAGCACACGGCCUUAGGAUGGGCUUGUCUACUUUCAACCUCGACGAUAGAGCAUCUUCUGCACCAGCGAGCAGUGCUGAUGCAAUACAACUACCGGCUGAGCAAUCUUUUGGUCACGAAUCCCAUCGCAAUACGCCGAGUGACUCCGAGCCACUCCAGAACAAAAGAGAAAUCGCCUUCGCAAGCUAUGUUGAAUCCGGCAAACUCACAGGGAGAGCACUGGAACUCUUCCACAAAUCCAUCCUCGUCCGCUCCAUCCGCCGCAGCUCGGUCCUUUUCCUGAUCACCGACGUCCACAAAUGGUGGAACAGUCUCUCAGUUGAUCUCCAAACCCUAAGACCCCCAACCGAUCAAGACGCCAUAGCCGAUAGACCAUUCAACUUCGGGCCCUUCUUCACCGUCCUCUACCAACACCUCAUUCUCCUCAUCAACCGACCAUCUCUGUCCCUAAGCCCCUCCACGCCCGAAUUCUGCUCCGGCCUACAGACCUGCAUCGGGGCCGCACGGGAAAUCCUCACCGCACUCAAAGCCCAAGUAGAUGCAAAACAGGCCCUAUUCUGGCCCGGAUUCCUAUCCGCAGCGUGGAUGUCCGGUCUUGUACUCGCCUUCGCCUGUCAACUUCGACAAUACGUCUUAUCGAAAGGAUUACAAGAGAUCUCCAAAUGCCUCGACUUCCUCCAACUCAUGUCUCCGCAAUGGGAAACCGCCAAAAAUUGCCACCGAGCAUUAACCCUCCUAUCCCGAAACAUCCAACACUCGAGCACAGUCCCAAGCCUUCACAGACCCUCCGACCCCCUUCUGUCAAGAACCAGACCCGAGGACGAUAACGACCCCGAAACCCGCAAGAAACGCCGCCUGCACUCCCAUCCUGUUACGAGGAAUUCUCGACUAGGGUCUGCAAGCUUCGCGACGACCCAUAAUGGAACGGAGCAUCCUAGCGACAAGGACGAUAAUACUAAUGACCCUGGUUUGGGUGUCUCGAAUAUAUCGUACUCUAAUGAGAUACAAGUGUCGGAUAAUCCGCCAGGUUUAGUACAAGGUGGGAAUAGGUUGUUGUUGUCUCCUACUACGGUGCAAAGUCCGGAGGACCGGCUUUUCUUUCCGGAGGGUGGUUCGCAUAGUAUGAUGGAUUUCGAUCUGAAUAUGGUGGAUUUGUUGCAGGGGGCAAACUUUGAUAAUCUGUUUGACAUGUUUGGGCAGCAGUAUCCGAGUUUUUGA